AUGCAAAUACUUUCUUUAAAUUUUUUAAUAUAUACUAUUGGUGGUGUUUGGCAGCCUAUCGAUUGGUCAUCAAAUGUUGCUAAGCUACUGUAUAAUAUAUUUACUUUUAUUGUACUAGUUUUGGAAUACUUUUUAAUGUUAACCCAAUUCAUGGAUAUCAUUCUUGUUGUUGAUAAUAUCGAUGAUUUUGCAACUAAUACUCUAAUGUUCUUAACUAUUGUUGGUGUUUGUUGUAAAGCGACCGUUGUAGUAGUACGUCGAAAGUCAAUUAUUAGUCUAGUACAAAUAUUAUUGAAAGCACCAUAUAAAUACCAAGACGAAGAAGAAAUGGCAAUACAAAUGAAAUAUGACAAGUUUAUCAAGUCCUGCUCGAUAAAAUAUUCACUUUUAGUAGCAAGUUCCUUUACAGGCGUUACAAUAGGAUCAGUGUUAAAUAUAAUGCAAGGUCAUUUACCCUAUAGAGUAUGGUUACCAUACGAUAUUAACGCAUCUCCAAUUUUCUGGUUUAUAUCCAUUCAACAGAUCGUAUCUCUAUUUUUUGCCUCAUUAAUAAAUGUUGGCACGGAAACCCUAGUUUUUGGAUUAAUUUUACAAACAUGCGCUCAAUUUGAAAUUCUCGAAAGUCGUCUUCGUAAAUUACUGACUAACAAAACAGCUAGUUAUUUGAAUCAUUUACCUGCAUCGUCAAAAAUUAGAAAAGUAGCAAUAUCGGAAUACAUACAUCAUCAUCUCUGCAUUUACAAAUUCGCUAAAACAAUAAACAUAAUAUUUAACCAGGUAUUUUUCAUUCAAUUUUUUGGCAGCAUAUUAAUAUUAUGUACAAGUGUGUAUUAUGUAUCAACGCAUAUGAUGGAAUCUGAAAGUGCAACUCUGAUAAUUUAUACUUUUGGUAUGUUUGUACAAAUUUAUUUUUUCUGCUGGUCCGGAAAUGAAGUCAUACUUAAGAGUAUGAAUUUAAAAGAUGCAAUAUAUCAUACAGAAUGGUUUUUAUUAUCAAUCAGCGACAAAAAGGAACUCAUGAUGAUCAUGAUGCGUAGCACAAUUCCUGUUAAAUUUACCAGUAGUUUCUUGAUAACUUUAUCUCUUCAGUCUUUCAGUAGCAUCUUGAAAACAUCAUAUUCUGCAUUUAAUUUAUUACAAAAGUAA